AUGCCCACGAUAGUCUACGCCAGCUACCCACACGUCGUGGAGGAUAUCCUCUUCCAUGCCGACUACGAGACGAAGCUAGCCUUUCGGCUGACAUGCCGCGCUCUGCGGGAUUGCACAGACAAUCUCCUGUGCGGGCCGACGCUGUCCUAUCCCGAAGGUGAAGUAGGAUGUCGCCGGCUCCCCUUCUUCCACCCCCACAGCGGGAACAGCCGCAGCGGACGAGCGAAACAACAUCGCGCAAUCAACACAGCCCGGCUGAUCCUCCUUGACAGCGCUGUGGCGACUCCGGACGAUAGUGAAGCUCUCUCGAACAUUCACCCCGAUAGCAGAGUCGUCCUGAACCAUGAGCAGGACGCUGUUGCGACGUACCGGCUGCCCGAGCUGGCAGAGCUCACUAUCUUAGGCAGUCACCAGUGUCGCUGUAACGACGUCGACGGGGGAUUCGAUGACCCUUUCACACCGAUGGAUGUCCCGCAGCCGCCAACAUUACCCGGUGAUCUCCGCGACCCCGACCCACGGCACACAUUCGCACACGCCGCGCGCCAAGUGCACAUCGACCUAUCACUCCGCCCCACUUCGGACUCCUCGCACCACUUCCGCUGCGCCCUGGCCAAGUGUGCUCUGAACCGUGACGUGCGCCGGCUCACCAUCACCGUGUCCGAGAUCUUCCACCUUGGCAUGGUGCUGGCGCCGCUGCAGCAGAAAUUGAACCCGGGGUGGAGACGUGAGGAUUUCGAGAUCGAGGUACGCUUCAGGGGCCAAAUGCCUGAGUUUGAUGUGAGAGCGUUGUUGGCUGGGUUGAUAGAGCUGGACCCGGAGCGGGUGACGGUUGAGGCUAUCUGA